CACGCGAACCUGCCGAAGGCCGUUGGAGUCGUGCGUUGUAAAUGAUGUACAUGAGUUACUGAUAUUAUUCGGGUGUACAUGAAUGGCAGCCGCACAACUUGGAGCCGGUAAACCGAGCAGCAAGUGUGAACAUCUUUAAACCAACAUCUGAAUUACACCAAGUGCUCUCUGCCCGGCGCGCGCAGACCGACCGAGGCUCGACGACUCUCGUGGGGAUUUUCAAGCCGACAAACAUCGCCGCGACGCUCAUGAAACGUAAAGAGAGGAGGAAAAGACUAAUGGAACCGCACAUUUUUUUUCUAAUGCUUUUUAUGUAGAUAUAUUUUUUCAGUGUGUGUAAAAAAAUAAUUGUAGGCAGAAAGCCCUCGUGUAAAUCGUGUGUAAUAACGUUUGUAAAAAAAAGAAAGAGCUAAAGGCACACUAAGAAAUUGAGUUAUCAGUGAGUGAGCUAGCUAUCUGGGCUGAGCAGCUCGAUCGCCUUUUAAAAUUAAGAUACCGCUGGAGGCGGCGAGCUACUACGUUGCAUUCGGGGUUUACUUGAAGAUAUUCAGCCAACAGUUUGGAGGAGAAACUCAGCAGCGUUCCCAACGGGCUUGAACAAACUCCUGGUUAAGUGUGUGUUUCUAAGAGCUGGGAGACGUGUGCUUUACUCUGAUAAGUACUGCAAGUACGUGGAUAUAAAGUAAAUGUAGGACAUGGUGAGGAGGAAAGUGAGGAUAGAAACGAUUCUCUCACAGCUGUGGUCUCACCCUCCUGGAGAAAGGGGGCCAGAGAGUGGAGGAUAAGUUGGCGAUGUGACCAGUUUGAACAAGGGCGGCCUUCAGUCACCUGCAGCACUGGAAGAACAACCUGACGGGCGCGAAGGAGUGAGUGGGUAACCACCGAAAGAGAGAGAGGCGGGGACUGACGGAAGGAGUGAGUGGGUAACCACCGAAAGAGAGAGAGGCGGGGACUGACGGAGAAGCAAAGGUUUGGAGGAGGAGGAGGUCAAAGAGGUGUGGGAAAGUCCAUUCCCCAUGGCUACCGACUCAGGAGAGCCCACAGGCACCGAGGACUCCUCGGAGAAACCUGAUGGAAAGAAGGGCAGGGCGGACCCACAGAGGGGAGACAGGACAAACAGCACCCCCUCGGACUUCAUCUCCUCCCACACUCAGGAGAGGAAAUCAACAGGAGGAGAGGAUGGACGAAUCCAAGGAGAAGGAGGCGAAGCCUGCCCGGACGGUGAGGAGAACCCAGUCAGUCCGAUUUCCUUCUCCGCGCCCUCCUUACCAGCCGACACUGGCCAGAAACGACUGAGGAGGGAGAAGCGCUUCUUCAGGAAGAGUGUGGAGCUUUAUGAGGAGGACAAUGAGGUGGAGGUGACCCCAGAGGCGCCCCACAGUGCCCCUCACCUGGAGCUGCGCUCCUCAGACUCAGUCUUCACCAGCAGUGCCCAGCAGCCAGGGGCCGCUUCAUCCUGCGCUGCCGUGGGCCAUGACUCGUCCAGCCCGAGCUCCACCCAGGAGCCGGACGUACCUUCAUCCGCAUCCACCCAAAGGGGGAAGGAGAGGGAGCAGGAGGAGGAGGCAGAGAUGAAGGCUGUGGCCACUUCUCCCGGAGGCAGGUUCCUCAAGUUUGACAUUGAGCUGGGCAGAGGAGCCUUCAAGACUGUGUAUAAAGGCCUGGACACAGAGACGUGGGUGGAGGUGGCUUGGUGUGAACUACAGGACCGCAAGCUGACCAAAGCAGAGCAGCAACGCUUCAAGGAGGAGGCCGAGAUGCUGAAGGGGCUCCAGCACCCCAACAUCGUACGCUUCUAUGAUUCCUGGGAGUCUGUGCUGCGUGGCAAGAAGUGCAUCGUGCUGGUCACUGAACUCAUGACUUCAGGAACACUCAAAACUUACUUGAAGCGCUUUAAAGUGAUGAAACCCAAGGUCCUGAGAAGCUGGUGUCGGCAAAUCCUGAAGGGCCUUCACUUCCUUCACACCAGGACUCCUCCAAUACUCCACCGGGACCUUAAGUGUGACAACAUCUUCAUAACAGGCCCCACAGGCUCAGUCAAGAUAGGUGACCUGGGACUGGCAACUCUUAUGCGAACCUCCUUUGCCAAGAGUGUCAUUGGAACGCCAGAGUUCAUGGCUCCAGAGAUGUAUGAGGAGCACUAUGAUGAGUCUGUGGAUGUCUACGCCUUCGGGAUGUGCAUGCUAGAGAUGGCCACUUCAGAAUACCCCUACUCUGAGUGCCAAAAUGCUGCUCAGAUCUAUCGCAAAGUCACAAGUGGUAUAAAGCCAGCCAGCUUUGAUAAAGUGACUGAUCCAGAAAUCAAAGACAUCAUAGAAGCCUGCAUUCGUCAGAACAAGAGUGAGAGACUUUCCAUCCGAGACCUCCUGAACCAUGCGUUCUUUGGGGAGGACACAGGGGUCCGGGUGGAGUUGGCAGAGGAGGACAGAGGCACCCAGGACUGUCUUGCUCUCCGGAUUUGGGUUGAAGAGCCCAAGAAGCUUAAGGGGAAGCACAAAGACAACGAGGCCAUCGAGUUCAGCUACGACCUGGAGAAUGAUAGCGCUGAGGAAGUGGCUCUAGAGAUGGUGAAGUCAGGAUUCUUCCAUGAGAGUGAUGCCAAGGUGGUGGGAAAAUCCAUCCGCGACCGUGUAAAUCUGAUAAAAAAGUCACGGGAGCGUCGACAGCAGCAGCUCUUCCAGCAGCAAGGCGUCAAAGAAAAAAGAGACCCCACUCUCACCUCCUCCAACUUUCCUCAUCCAUCCUGCCCAUCCUCACUGGGGCCAGGGGCAGCUGGACAGACUGGAGGAGAAGGAAGAGGGCAGGAGUCUGAGGAGCUGCCUGUAGUGGACCGGCAUGUCAGGCAGCAACAUAUUUUCAGUGGAACAAACCUGAGUCUGCCAGGUGAGAGCAUUGAGUGUGCCAGCUGUGAAUCUUAUGCAAGUGGACAGAGCCAGUUGUAUUCCCAACAAGGGGAAUCAUACACCCGCUCCCAGAAUACUCUCCCCCCUACGGCAUCUAGUACUGGUGCAUUGACUCAAAUGCUCCCAAUUGGUGAGAGUGGAAGUGUACCAAAUGUGCCUAUUGGUCAGAGCGUUAGUAUGUCCAACAUGUCCGUAGGCCAAAGUGGAGGAGGCCCUGUUGGUCAGACAUAUCUUCAGCCCAGUACCAUGGUUCCACAGGUCUCAAGUAUCCCACAACAAUAUUUUCAGUCACAAACAUUCCCAUCAGAUUCAUUUCAAACUGCCACCCCCCAUGGGUCAUUGGCCCCCUCACUGUCAUACAUACCUGUUACCCCACAAGCACCCAUUAAUGUUCUCACUACAUCCAUAUCAGUCAAUGAUCCUGCUGGACUCGGGGGGACCAUUGUGCCCCUCGCUCUGCAGACCCAACCCCCUGCCACUCCCAUGCAGCUCACUGACAUCAUUCCCCAGGCAGCACCCCAGCAAACACAGCCUGUCAUGACCCCUCAGCAGACUAUUGUCCAACAACAACAGAUAGGGAUGGAUCCCCAGAACACCACCUUUCAGCAGCAGCUGCAGCAGCAAAUGGAGGCCCAGGCUGCUCUACUCGAACAACAACACGUUAAUGCGACUCAGCCACCAACGGAACAUCAUCCACAGAGCCUUUCAGCUGUAGCUGUCCAGAAACAUCAACAUGAGCCUCAGCAGCAGAUCUAUGUACAGCAACCUGCUCCACCUGUUCACGCAACUCCUCAGCAGCAAGUAAUACCUAGCCACACAGCGAUGGAGCAGCGAGCGAUGCCAUUGCCACAGCAGGGGGAACAGACCAUGAUACAACCACAACUGCAACAACAGUUUCAGAAAACUCUGUUACAACAGCAACAAGCUUUAUUGCUCGAGCAACAUCAGACGUUCGUCCAGCAACAGCUUGAUCAGCAGCAACAAAAAACCCUGCUUCAACAGCAGCAACAACAACAGGCCCAACUACAACAACAGCAACUGGAGCAGCAGCAAGCACUUAUACAUAAGCACUUGUUGGAUCAACAACAGCAGCAAUCUCUUAUUCUACAGCUACAAGAAGAGCAGCAGCAACACCAAGGUCUAGUACCACAACAAGCAAUUGUACAACAUCAGUCAGAGCAGCAGCAACAGCAGCCUCCUUCACAGCAAAAUCAGCCUAAUCCGUUUUAUCAACAAAUUGUACAACACCAAAGUGGAAUACAAACAGAACCAGAGAAGCAACAACAAAGUGAACAACAGCAGCAACAACUUGUAUUACAGCAGCAACCCCAGCAGACUCAACAGCAAGCAGAACAAUUGCCUCAGCAAGCCUUACUCCGACAAAUGGAACAAGAACAGCAGCAAGCACUGACACAACAGCACCUGCAACAGCAAGCUGUUUUACAACAGCAUCAGCUACAACAGAAAGCUCAGCUCCAGCAACAGCAACAUGAGCAGCAACAAGUGCAACUCAAACAGCAGAUCGAGCAGCAGCAGCAAGCCCUGUUGCAACAACAGUUUGAGCAACAGUGUCAGCAACAAGUCCUGUUACAACAACAACAAGCAGAGAGAUUGCAGCAACAGGCUUUGAUACAGCAUCAGAUUCUAGAGCAGCGGCAACAAGCAGCCAUUAUUCAACUUCAGCAAACUGAGAAGCAAGAGGCUGUCCCUAUUCCCCAAAGUAACAGUAAGCAGCAGAUUCAGCAGCAACCAACUGAUGUGCAGCACACGAGCAUCCCAAAACUAAACGCCACUCAGAUUACACCUCAUGUCGCUCUCACUCAGCAUCAAGUGAUGGAUCAACAGCAGCAAGCAGCAUUGAUUCAGCAGCAGCAAGCAUGUGUUGCCCAGCCGCAGCAUCAAACCUCUGUCAUGGAACCUCAUAUGCCAGCCGGCACUGAGCUGAUUCAGCACCAAACUCAAAGAUUAUCACAGUCCCAGGUCCCCAUGGCCAUUCAGACUACGCACAUCCCUGUUCAGACGUCUGCUGUUAUCCCAGCUCAAGUCAUUACCCAGCCAGGACAAAGUGAGAACCAGAACCAGUGCCCAGUCCAAUUUAUCGCCCAGUCCACAGGCCAAGUAGCUCAGGAUCAAGUACCUCCUGCGGCAGUGAUCCAGCAACAGACUCACGUCAUCCAGACCCAGCAAAUUCCUCAACAGACUAAUUACCCAGCACCUGCCACACUCACACAGAGCCAGGUAACUGCUCCACCAUUAAUCCAGACUCAGCCACCUCAUGGUCAGGGCCCAACUGUGGACAUUCAGAUGAUGAGUCAGCAAAACCAAGGUCUAGUCCAGCCUCCAGCUGCAUUUACCUCAAUUCCCAAUCAAAUCCAACAUGAGACUCUUCAGCCAAAGGCUCAAAUGCCAGGACUCAUGCAGACCCAGCUCCAGCAACAAACUCAUGGCCAGUCACCAAGCCAGAUGCAUGCUCAGGCUACUGCUGUCCUUCUGACCCCUCAGUAUGUCUCUCAGCCUACCCACCAAGCCAUGCCAUCUGUACAACAAGAUGCAACUCAUAUUACACAACAGCCGCAGCAACAAGAGCCAGUUCUACAGUUUCAUCAGAUGAUUAUGUCUCCUGGCUCCGCUGAAGGUACUGGAACAACAACCGAUAGUCUCAAUUCUAUAGUUGACCCUGCAAACUUUGUUGCGAUUCCUCAUCCUGUGCCGCAGGUGGGACACGACUAUGUUCAAGCCCAAACAACACUACAUCCAGUUGUUCAGCAGCACCCCCCAGGAGGCUCUGCUGGCCCUUCAGUCAUUCAGUCCAUCUCCCAGCCUCCUGUGCCUCAGUCUGCUGUGCAAUACCAGCAACAGCUACAGAAGCUUUCUCAAACGCAGCAACCAUUAGCUCCACCUCCUGCACAGGCCCAGUUACUCGCACAGCCCAUCCAAACUCCCAUCGAGCAACCUCUUCCAAUGAAGCAGAAUAUGAUUGCCCUUGACGAGGGUCAGCUGCUCUCACAAUUUCCACCUGCUGCACAUCUGAUGACCGCUCCUUCUGCACAGGCAGUGGCAGGUGCCCCUCCGUCUCUGCAGCACCAGGCCAAGCAGAUGCUGCCAGCUCACACACAUUCACAAACCAGCAUUCAGGGCCAAGCAAACUCCCAAAUGCAGACACAUGGUCAGAUACAGGCUCAUGCUCACACUGAGACACCUCUAGCUGAACAACCUGUGCUACCCCAUGCUGUCUUCCCUGCACAACAAAUGCCCCUCAGCCCGUCUCAUACCUCAUGUCCCCCAACAUCGCUCCCAUUUCUCCCAUUCCUACCAUCCCACUAUCCUGCUGCUUUCCCUGUGCCAGAGCUGCCUCCAUCUCCGCCAGCGGCCCAGGUAACCUUACCAGGGCAGGCCGACUUUAUACCCACCACCCAUCCACCUGUCACUGCUCUUCAAUCGCUUGACUCUAACGCCCCCAAACUAUCCCAAGCCUCGCUGCAAGACUGUGACCUUUCCCUGCUGGGCAUUGCUCAGGAUGGUCUGUACCUGUCGAGUACAGAACGUCAUUCUUCUUCAUUAGGGUCUGUUCCAGCUAAUGGAGAGGAAACAUUUCAGCUGUUAGCCAAUGGGAAGUUUGAGAAAUUAAAGACUCAAAGGAAUGCUUCCUCUCAGAGGCCUGAGAAAAUGUCACAUCAGUUUCAACUGAGCAUGCUCCAGGUGUCAGGCAGUGGAGACAAUAUGGUGGAAUGCCAGUUGGAAACCCAUACCAACAAGAUGGUGACAUUUAAGUUUGACAUCGAAGGGGAUGCCCCAGAGGACAUAGCAGACUACAUGGUGGAGGAGGACUUUGUCCUUGAUGUAGAGAAAGAGAAAUUUGUUGAAGAUCUUAGAGGCAUAGUUAAGAAAGCUCACGAAAUUCUUGAAACACAUUCACAGACUGGAUCAUCUGAACAGUUACAUAUGAGCACUUCCACUAGCUCUUCAGUGGACUCAGUGCCCCAUUCCUCUCCAGUGGGACGCUGGCGCUUCUUUAUAAACCAGACCAUCCACCAUAGAGACUCUCUCUCGAGUCAGGGAGCAGGCACGCCACCCCCCACUGCAGAGAGCAGGAUACCACAGUCUCCUAAAACAGAAAGAGAAAGUGAAGGAUCCCAGAGUCUGGAGUCCUUGACGGGCAUGGCCUUUCCCCCCCGCCCCCCUCUUUCUGCCACCUCCCCUCCCGUUUCAAUUGUCUCAGCCCCUGCCUCCAUUGUCCCCUCAGCCAUCUCUGCCCCAGCUCCUCACACCACUGUCUUUGAAAGCAUCUCUGCGCCCGCCUCCACUCUCGAGGCCUCUGUCACUGCUUUAGGUGGUCUUGAACCGCCAGUCCUCACCUCAGCUUCUAUUGACCAAAUGCGCACUGUUCCCUCAUCAAUAGCAAUACCUGCUGCUGCUAACUACCCCACAUUGUCCACUGCUCCUAAUGUUGUGUUUCCCACACCCACCACCAUUCUCCCUGAUGCCAUCACACCUCCUGGAAGCACUGGUUGCUCCACUGCAGGUCAAAGUAUAGGGGAUACAGUGACAACUGCUCCAAGGUCAUGUGGGCCUGCAGCGGCCCGGUCGUCAAGCUCUUUUCAUUCCCCUCCUCUUGCUGCUGCCGUGACCUCUUCUGCACUUAGCACACUUGGCAUGGAGCAGCAGCAGACUCUCACUCAGAUGGACAAACUAGUCUCACAACAAUCGAAACUACCGCAGCCACGACUACAGCCUGCAUUACAGCAACAGGUACCAGUAGUUCAACAGCAACUGCAGGCAAUGCAGCUUGAACAACAGGCACAGCAGAUACAGCGGGAAACAACACAGCAACAACAGCAAUCUCAACAUCAAGUGUACCAAGAACAAAUUCAGCUGCAACAGUCUCUCCAGCAGUUACAACAUCAGCAGCUAAUGCAACAACAAAUACCAAUUCAACAACAGAUGACUGAGGUGCAGAUGUUUUCUCAGACAGGUCAUACAGAGUUGUUACAACAGUCUGUGCCUCUUCAGUCGUUUCUGCCACCAAUAUCCCGACAGCAGACCCCACAAUCCAUUCUUCAACAGCAAACACCACAGUACACCCCACAGUUACAGCAGAUACCGCAGCAGGUUAUCGCCCCCCAAGCUGCUGUCGUGCCUCAACAUCAGACCCAUAUUGAUCACCAGCAGCAGCAACAGCUAAACUUGCAUCGUACGAUACACUUACAGCAACAGCAAAUGGUGCAACAGCAGUUACAGCAGCAGCACCAUCAGUUGUUUAUGGGGGCUGUGGCUUUAACACCAGAUCAGAGCCAAAUGCUGCCCAUGUCAAUUAGUCAACAGUUUCUUCAACAACAGGCACAGCUAAGUGGUCAACCUGUACCGCAACAGCAGAUUCCACAACAAACCCAGAACCCUGCUGAGCUGGUACAACAACAUAUACAGUCACAGAAACAGCUGCAGCCCUCUGAGCAGCAACACGAGACGGUUAUAGCCAUGGACACACCUCAGAAGCAGCAGCAGCAGUUUCCGCUGCAGAAGCAGUCCUGUUUACAGAUAUCUGAAUCAGAAAUGUCCACGGGAGAGACAAGCUUCACAGAGGACACGUGCAGUUACUCCGCCCCUUUUCAACCUUCCUCUGACUCCUCGCUGCCACCUCUCCAUAUGGGCACCGCUGAAGCCACCGUACCCGCUCUCUCCCUCACAAUGACACCAUCCCCUGCUCAGCCUUCCUCUGUGGCCGAGUCAGACAGUGAAGGCCCCCCCAAAAUUGAAUUUGUAGACAACCGCAUAAAGACUCUGGAUGAAAAGCUGAGGAACUUGUUAUAUCAGGAGUAUAGUAGCGGGGCAGCCCCGGCCGGGGGAGCUGCCUCUGGCCCUACAUCGACUGCCUCCACAUCAGUAGGAGACGAGUCAUCUGAGCCACAGUCGCUCCACCACUCGUCUUUUCUCCCACCUGCCUCCUCUUCAGAUACCUCCCCUCACUCAUCUUCCUCCUCUUCCUCCCCCACCACCUCCCGCUCCUCUUCUACCUCCCCUGACCCAGAGAGAGAUGGCACAGGAGGGAAAGCUUCCUCGGAACGGCCCAGCUUUGCGGAGAUGGGCCCCGUGGAACAGCAGCCUUGCCCAUCUCUCCACUUCUCCUCUGCUUCGUCCACCAUGCCUACCUCUCACCUGCCUCCCAGUCAGGAUGAAUCGGCUGGGCUCCAGCGUCCACCUGUACCAGGAGAACCAACCAUUCUUGCUGUACCCCCAUACUCUGAUACCAGUACCACUGGAGACGCAUCAUGGCCCCCCAAUCAGCAACCGAUCCCCCUCCGGCAUGAACACCAGAAGCACAAUGCAGGAGGUGGAUAUAUUGGCCUAAACCUGACAUGUCCUAGUAUCAGAAAUCCUGUUAGCAAGAAAUCCUGGACUCUCAAAUUCAAAAACUGGGCAUGCAAACUGCGCCACUCCGCCAGCUUGUUCAAGAAGCCCAGAGUCCAGCAAGAUGGAAGUUCCAGCAGUCAGACACUUAGAGAGGAGAAGGAGGCACCACAGCCAAAUCCACUUCAUUCAGACAAAGGACGAUUUCGGGUGACUCCAGUGACCCAGUCCUCCUCCCCGAAGGCUGCGCCAUCAGGCCAUGGUAGCACUCACAGGAAAGUGGGCCGCUUCUCUGUAACCCAGGCUGAGACCAAGAAAGAGCACGGGAAGACUGACAGCGCCCCGGUGUCUCCUAAUUUGGAGAGGGAGAGGAGGAGAUCUCGGGCGAAGGACGGAGAGAAAGAUGAAAGUAAGAAGACCCCAGCAUUGUUUCACAUGCCUCGAGGUCAUGGACACAGCCACUCACCCCUGGGCAGCAGCGAUGAUGAUGAGUGUGAGCUGGAUGAUGAAGACCUGAGAAAAGAACUACACAAGCUCAGAAAGAAGCACAUCAAAGAGGUGGUAUCCCUUCAGUCCCACCAGAACAGAGAGCUGCAGGAGCUGUACGGUCAGCUUCGUUCCCUCAAAGACCAACGCUAUAGUCUGCCUGUGUCUUUGUCCCGAACAACUCCUCUUCCCAUGGGACCACCUGUGAUGUCUCCUCGAAGGCCCAGGCCAGGCAAAAUCAAACUCCGGCCCCGGCCUCACUCUCACAUGGAUAACAACGGAGUUACACACUCGGGGAUUCAGCAGUCAAGUAGUUUCUCAGGUGGUGAACAGAGUAGACUGCUUCUAUACUGCAACCAAGAGCACUGCACAUCACUGCCUGCUAAAAGAGAUCACAGUCCUCUUAGAAAAAGCACAUUCACAGAUGAACUGCACAAACUCGUUGAUAAUUGGACGAAGGAUACGAUGGGCCCCGCUCCGCCCAAGCCUUCGCUGAAUCAAAUUAAGCAGAUUCAGCAGGUGCAGGAGUUGGGAGGCUGGAGUCAGCCGACUGAGGUGGCUCCACCAGGUUGGUUUCCAGUGGCACCACUGAACCCCCAGGCCCCCCCAACCUCUUCCAGCUUGCCUGUGGCAGCCCCUUCCCAAGACACAGGUGGAGGAAGCCUGUCCACCCUGCACUCUCCAGGACCACAACCUCAAACGCACAUGGCUCAAGUUCCACAGAUGCAGCAAAGUUUACACCUCCAUCAGUCUCUCCCCCUCCAGCAGAUGACCUAUCAGCAGUCCCCACUCCGCCAGCAGAUACCGCAGCCCCAAAUGCAAACACCCAUACAGUCCCAAUCUCCGUCACAGACUCAACCCAUCACCCAACUGCCACCACCUCAAGUCCAACCACCACUGCCUUCCCAAAUGCCCACAUCUCUAGUGUCCACGGCCAGUGGCACAACUGCACCUACAGAUAGCAUUGCUGCUAUCGGGGGGGCAUUAUGUUCAUGUUCCUCACCCUCUUCAACCUCUUCCUCCUCUUGCUCUACUGCUGCUCUACCUUCCAGUGCCAAAAUUCCCCCAACAGCCCCCACUUCUACACUUCCUCUGGGACAGAAAUGAAACGGUGAAAAGGUGAACAUCGAGGUCAAUGUAAAGGUGCAAGAGAUGAAAAUACGAAGAGGAUCAGGACGUAAAGCAGAUUCCUUUGGAGUGCUUGUUCUGUGUAUGCAUGAGAGAGUUGAGACUGCAAUGAAUAUAUAUAAUACCAGUGUACUUUUGGAUGAGAUGGGAAGUGAAUGCGAGAGAUGAUAGAUUAUAGUAUGGACAGACAGGGGGUAACAUGGAACACAGAGGCUGGGGUUUAUGAAUCAUGAUAUGUUUGUGUGUUGAGAUGUAUACAUUCUUAAAUGUAUGGUUGUGUGUUUAUGAGUGUGAGUGUUCAUGAAGUAUCCAAGUACAUAUCCCUUGUGUCCUUUUACAGGAAUUAACAUUCACGUUUAUGUUUUCAAAUCUCCUCAAUCUCUCCCUAAGCAGAGAUAAUAAGGACAUACGUUUUGACAGUGUGUUUAAUUUGUCAAUGCUUACAUUAAAAGGACUAUCAAUUUUAAAAGUGCAAUUAGUAAUGGUCAAAAUUGAUCAGCAUGUAUUGUAUGGAUGUGUCUGUAAGGCAUAACAUAUUUUUGUAGAGGCACAAUGAAAAACCAGAGACAUAGAGGAUCUUCUCAUAACCAUGACAUGAAACUGAAUGCCGACAGCACAAGGUGUUUCAAUGGGCAACGAAAAGAUCCAGACCACGUUAGUCGAGAAAGGUAAAGUUAUCUACCACAAUGCGACCAACCACACUCUUGCAGUGUUGUUCACUGGUACAGCAUGUGCUUCAUUUUUAUUCUUUUAUGUUUAACAAUUGUAACAUACUGAGUGAUGGGAUAUAAAUUCAGAUCAAUUAAUGAUAUGAUGGUACAUUUAAAUAUGCCAUCUGUAUUCAGUGGAUACCUGGAUACACUCAGCCCAAGCAUGCAUUACCUCAUGACUAACUUGCCAGACUGCAAACUGCUUGCACUUGCUGUAAAUACAUGAAUCUCACAUUUACUAUUUGCACCAGUCAUGAGUAAAUGUGCUUUCAGUGCAUUUGACAUUUUUGCUUUCAGUUUGAGCUCUGCAAUCAAGGUGUCAUGCUAAGGGAGAAGAUGAAAAUUACAUUUUUUUAAACUGCCAAGUUACUAUUGUCUGGGGAGACCAUAUGAGUUACACCCAUAUUGCCUUUUGAAUUGACUGCAUUUGUUUGUGGGUGUGUGAGUGUAUAUAUUUUUUCUGUGUGACAAAGCUUUGUGAUAGUUGCAUGGUAUGAAAUUGCAUCCCUGUUUCUUUCAUUCAAAUGUGAUUGUACCCAACCUAAAAUGUGUAAUAUUUUGGGCUUGUUUCCUUGCUUGAGAGGUUAGGCCAUAUACUAGAUGUAAGCCUGACAUCGUUCUCAGAACCUCACUUGCCUAUUUGCCAACUUUGUUUGGCGCUGGACAAAUUCCUUGUUUCAAUUGUGAACUAUUUAGUCUCUGACCAUAGGCUGUCAGUGUGAAUGCAUAAGUGUGGGCCAUAAUUGUGCUUUAUGCACACUGCAAAAGGUUUACUCAAGUCAGAAAUGUCCUAUUCCUCUAUUUCUAUAACACUUAAUUUGUAGAUGCAGCGAUACACAGAGUAUUAUAUCAGCAGUGGAUAUAUUACUGUACAUUUUAUUUGGUUAUCAGUGCGAUUAGCCAAACACACAUUUGGCCAACAACAGUCAGGCGUUUUUUUUUGGCAUAAUAAAUAGCCUGCAGUCAAAGCCACAUUUGCGUUUUAUUAAUGAUUACAAAACUAUGUGCUACUGAAAACAACAUAUUGUUCUGGUUGAUGAAGACUGCUUACAUGGGAGUGAAACACAUUUAAAACAUGAAUGUUUAAUGAGGAAGAGUUUCUGCUAAAGGGUACGGUGGUUCAAAAAUGACAUAAUAUAGAAUAUAACACCAUCUUUCUGUAUUUUUCAAGACAACCCACUUUGUCACAGAUAUGUAGUUAAUUAUUAGUGAAGGUGAGAUUCUGUGCUGUCAUGUAUGAUACUAACAUGUUGACUGCAAACUACAGCUUAAUGAUCAUGAUUCAUGAUGUGGAGCUGGCUUUGUCCUUGAAGUGUUACCAAAAUGUUAUCUAAAAGAUAAAGAAUAUUUUUGUAUUUUGAAAUGGGGUUGUACAAAUUGUCAAAUUGUUUUUUUCAUUAUUAUUAAUCUGAGGUUAUUUGAAACUAGAAAACACUGGUUUUCAUCUGUGUUUACAUGGGACUUCCCUAUCUUGAUAUAUCCUGAGUCCUGACAGGCCAGGGUCUUAUAAGAAUAUAGUGAGAGAUACAUAACACACUUACACACGUCUUCCUAUUAGGCUGCAGUUCAGAUUUAAUUUACUCACAAAUGAAUGCAACACAAAUCCAGGGAGUCCCACAAUGACAUGACUGAGAACCAAUGAUAAAAGGACAUUUGGGCAGAGUAACCUCUAAAAAUAAAGUAUGUUGCUGGUGAUAUAGCUUCUGUAAAUUGCAACUAAUUCAACCGUUGAUUUUAUUUAUGUUUUGUAACUAAUCAAAAUAAAUGAUGUAAAACAUCAAAGUAAAUUGGUGUGUGGAUUUUGUAACAAUAUUUAGCUUGACAAAACCGGAUCCUGCAAUUACUUCAUUUAUUUCCGUUAUGGUUACUGUUGUUCAAUCAGUUCAUCCUCAACACAACAAGAUGGAGACAGCUGUACAACAUUCAAAGCCAUAUGCCAAAAUACCACAUGCCACAUUCCCAACUAUUAGGUGGCACAUUAAACUUCAUCAGACGUCCACAUUACAUACAUUUUCAAAUCCCCCAAUAUAUAUAAUACAGGACUGUCUCAGAAAAUUAGAAUAUUGUGAUAAAGUUCUUUAUUUUCUGUAAUGCAAUUAAAAAAACAAAAAUGUCA